CAACAUCAGCAAGCAACAAUGAAGUUUCUGGUGCUUGCACUCUUAGUGGCUUUUGCUUGCGCUUCUGAGAUAGAGAAGCGAGAGGCGGAACCAAGUUAUGGAGGAUAUGGCCACAUAAGCUACCAUCAUCGUCCUUCCUAUGGAUAUGGCUAUUCUAAUCACAAUCAUAAACGAUCUGCUGAUCCUGAACCUGAGGCUGAACCUUCCAAUGGCUAUGGCUCUUCUUAUGGGUAUCGGCCCAGUCGCCUAUGCUACUCUCACCGCUAUUACAAGAGGCCAGUCGCCUAUGGCUACUCUCACCGUUAUCACAAGAGGUCUGCUGAUCCUGAGCCAGAAGCUGAUCAUUCCUAUGGCUCCUCUUAUGGGUAUCGGCCAGUCGCCUAUGGCUACUCUCACCGCUAUCACAAGAGAUCUGCUGAUCCUGAGCCAGAAGCUGAUCAUUCCUAUGGCUCUUCUUAUGGGUAUCGGCCAGUCGCCUAUGGCUACUCUCACCGCUAUCACAAGAGAUCUGCUGAUCCUGAGCCAGAACCUGAUCAUUCCUAUGGCUCUUCUUAUGGGUAUCGGCCACUCGCCUAUGGCUACUCUCACCGCUAUCACAAGAGGUCUGCUCAUCCUGAGCCAGAAGCUGAACCUUCGUAUGUAUAUGGCCACUCAUAUGGUUAUCCCAGAUACCGCCAAGUAAUUUACGGAUAAGGACAUCAUCAGCAUAACAGAUAUAUCCUAAUAGCCAAAGAGGAGGACACAGAUGACUAUAGCUAGCAAUAGAUAUUUACUUGUUGCUAGUUCUUGAAUGUUCUUCAAUUUCGACAAAACAAUAAAGUAUUA